GGCGGCGGGCGACGGGCGGGGGGCGGGGGGGCGGCGCGCGCCGCAUCUCCUUGUGUGCCGCCGGCCCUCAGCCGCCAGUCGCGCUCGCACAGCGCACACGAUCGCACGUACCGACGUGCCCCGCACCCGCACCACGAACCGCGACACUCGCUCCGCUGGCCGUCCUCGCGGCAUGUGCAGCUGACAGGAACCUCUCGCAGCCGACACGACCCGCCCUCGCAAGUGAGUCUCGAGACUCUUGUCUGCCCGCUAUCGUCCCUCGUCGCCCGCUCGGCUGCCACCCCGACGCCGGCUCUUCGGCAUCAGCUGACUCCGCACCGUCCUGGGUCGGUGCCCGACCUCGUACGUGAUAGUUAUCAGUGUACAUAAUAUAGUGACCUGCCGACUUCGCAUCGAUUCCUGAUGAUCCCGCGACGCAAGCACAACGCCUCCUCGGGCUCGCUGCCCGCGCCCGACGAGAAGCACGCCAGCAACGACUACAUUGUUUCGGAUGGCGCCAAUAACGAAGGAUGGAAAGCCGCCUUACGCCGGCGGUUCAACCGCAAGACGUUGAACAAGCGGCUGCCGAUCACCGCGUGGGCGCCGCAGUACAACACAGAGCUGGCGGUGGGCGACCUCAUCGCGGGCAUCACCGUCGGCCUCACCGUCAUCCCGCAGUCUCUGGCCUACUCCAAUAUCGCGGGGCUGCCGCCGCAGCACGGCCUCUACGGCUCCUUCCUCGGCUGCUUCAUCUACAUUAUAUUGGGCGGCUGCCGCGCCGUGCCCGCCGGGCCCACCGCCAUCGCCUCGCUCCUCACCUGGCAGAUCGCCAACGGAGUCGUCGAGAAGGCGAUAUUGCUCAAUUUCUUAACCGGCCUCGUGGAACUGCUGAUGGGCGUGCUCGGCCUCGGCUUCCUCAUCAAUUUCGUGUCCGGGCCUGUCUCAUCCGGGUUCACGUCCGCCGUGGCGCUCAUGAUCGCCACAUCGCAAGUCAAAGAUCUGUUCGCGAUCACCGUCACCGGCAACACUUUCCUGCAGCAGUGGAUAUCGGUGUUCCGCAACAUCCACAACGCCUCGCUCUGGGAUCCUGUGCUCGGAUUCAUUUGCAUCGUACUUCUGUUACUCAUGCGAAAAAUCGGAAUGAUCCAAUUGGGACAAAAAUCUGACGACGGACCGAACACUCGGCAGAAAGCUUUGAACAAAUGCAUGUGGCUACUCGGCACGUGUCGGAACGCCAUCGUGGUGGUGGCGACCGGCAUCCUCGGCUACUGGUUCGUGAGCACGCAAGGCGAAUCGCCCGUGCGCCUGAUGGGCGCCAUUCCAUCGGGCGUGCCGAUUCCGCAGCCGCCUCCGUUCGGUUACAUCCGCGCGGACAACACCACCGCAGACUUCCUGGACAUGGUUUCGGAGCUGGGGUCGGGCAUCAUCGUGAUCCCGCUGAUCGUGCUGCUGGAGGACAUCGCGAUCUGCAAGGCGUUCUCCGACGGGCGCACGAUCGACGCGACGCAGGAGAUGAUCGCGCUGGGCGUGGCCAGCAUCGGCAACUCGUUCAUGCAGGCGUACCCGGGCGGCGGCUCGCUGGCGCGCUCCGUCGUCGCCAACGGCUCCGGAGUCAAGACUACCUUCAACGGCCUCUACGCAGGGUUGAUGGUGAUUCUGGCGCUGCAGUUCUUCACCCAGUACUUCGAGUUCAUCCCGAAGGCGGCGCUCGCGGCCGUCAUCAUCUCCGCUAUCAUCUUCAUGGUCGAAUACAACGUCAUCAAACCUAUGUGGCGCGCCAAAAAGCUGGACCUGAUCCCGGGUAUCGGCACGUUCGUGUUGUGCCUGACGCUCCCGCUGGAGCUGGGCAUCCUGACCGGCGUGGUGGUCAACAUCAUCUUCAUCCUGUACCACGCCGCUCGCCCCAAGUUCUCGGUCGAAAUGCUUAAGACGGAGGCGGGCGUGGAGUACCUGAUGGUGACGCCGGACCGGUGCCUGAUGUUCCCGUCGGUGGACUACGUGCGGCGCCUGGUGACCAAGUGCGCGGCCAGCAGCUCCGUGCCCGUGGUGCUGGAGUGCACGCACAUCUACAGCGCCGACUACACCGCCGCCAAGUCCAUCGAGCACCUCACCGCCGACUUCCACGCGCGCCGCCAGCCGCUCUACUUCUACAACGUGAAGCCCUCCGUGUGCUCCAUCUUCGAGGCGGUCGCGAAGCCGGAGCACUUCGUGGUGUUCUACGAGGACGAGGAGCUGGACCGCCUGCUGGCCGCCGACGAGCGCCUGCAGCCCCGCAAGCCGCCCGCCGCCCCGGAGCCCUGAGACCCGCCGCUCCUCGACCUUAGCGUCGCGGAGGAGACUCGCGUUUCGGAAAGAGAACAUGUGCCGCGUAUAUGAGAUCGUUUAUUUUGUAAGUCUGUACAUAGAUUCGUUCGAGUGUCGCUCCGGUGCGAGACUCGAGCGGCUCGGUCGGGUCGGGGAGACGCGAGUCGGCGGCGCUCGCUCGCCUAUUUUUGUGAUGUACCUGUUGUGACGAGUCGAGGUCCGCGAGAUGCGAUACCUCGAGGUGGAGGUGCCGGCCCCGGGCCGGUGUCGCGCUAGCUUUAAUGGACAGGGAACGGACGGGCGUCGGCCUGGCCGACGGGCCCGCGGUGAUGAUACAGAUUCUAUUUAAGAUGAGACUUCACUAUUUACAUGAGAUGCGAUAUUUAUUCGAAAAUGUAGUUUAGGAUUUGACUUUGAAAGUAAAAUUAAGCGUUAACUCCGAUAGCGGCGGCCUCGGCCGCGGGAGCGCCGCGCCGCCCUGCCGCUCUCCUGCGGGCGCUUCGGUGUCGAACUAUUUAUAUUAGAUGAACGAAGUACAAUUUAGUUACGCGGUAAUUUAUUGUUGUAAGUGAGAUUUAAGCUUCCGGCGGAGUGCAGAGCGUGCCGUCGGUCCUUGCGCUCUUUCGAAGAAACCGAGUGCACGAAAGUAUAUUUUGUGAUAUAUUUUGAUUUUAUAAUAACAUGUUGAAAUUUUAACAUCGCACAUAUUCGUACUAUAUUUCUAAAACACAUCAAUCCUUGUCUUGUCGAUUCUCACCGCCGGUAAUACGAGGGACAUAUCGAUCCCGACGGUAUUACUCGUGAACCUUUCGACAGCCGCUGAGGCGACGGCCGCGCUCUCGCGUCGCGGCUGACUUAAUAUUAUUUUUGUGAUCCUCGGCUAAUACUUAAAGUUAUGUGUAAGUAGAGAGUUAUUUAGGAGAAUAUUUUGAAUUAAAAUAGAUAGUAUUACGGUUCAAAACUACCUGUGGUGUGAUGAAAUGUAUGUGCCGUAUGAGAGUCGAAGAGAGUGAAUACUGUUCCAAGAACAAAAAAUAAAUAAACUCUAUGAGAGUAGAAUAUGUUUUUUUGUUUCUAUUACCUCCAACCAUGAAUUUACACCUCGAGCUAUAUCAAAGCGAAAAGGUAUACCCUUGACAGGCAUGAGUGGGUCGGUGGAUGCCAACGACUAGAUUUGCAGCCGAAAUCAACGAAGCGGCUCGAGAUAUUCUGUGGUCACAUCCCAUGACUUGUCACUGUGCAAGUUGCUUAUCUUCCGCAAUUAUAUACACUUACAACUGCGCCAUCGAGCUUCUAGACACAUCAUUACCUAUGCUCACAGUCAGAGAAUUUUGUUCGAUGACUUUUGCAGUACAGUUUUGUGCUUCUCCAUGCAUUAACCCUUAAUUUGGCAAUCGAAGUUUGGAAAUUUUAUUGAAAAAAGCUGUAAAGACCAUAAUAUAUAGGAUCAUAGAAAGUAGAAAAGAGAUUAAAAAAGAAUUAGAGAUCAGAAGAAAAAUGCAUAUUGUACUAAAAAUAUACAAGUAAGAUUCCUUGGUAUGUAGGAACAGGAAUGAGCAGACAGUUGAUAGUGAUCAGUAUGAGAUUGCGUUCCAGAUAUAUGUAGAAAUGGGCGUAGUCCAACCUCCCGUGGCUUCAGCCCUGUUCCCCUAGGGUUAGUUAAGGAAUUACCUUGAGUACUAUAGGUUAAAUGAUUUAUCCACAGUCACGGCAGGAUUACAUCGACUGGAGCGCUGCUUGCAGCCUUUAUUGUAAUAAUCCUUUAUUGUGUAUAAAGAAAAUAUCUCCUUAAUGCCAAAGAUUUCAAUCGUUAUGGAGGCCAUACACGUUAGGUUUUGCAUGAUGGUUUUAACCGUGCAUUCAUAACCGACAUGCAUAACCGAGUUACAUGCACCGAAAACUAUA